UGCACAAAUAGAACAAAAGUAUAACCACAAUUUCAUCAAUUUGACAAAGGUUUUUUGGACAUUAGCUUGCUUCUAAAAUUAAGAUAUAAGGAAAACUCCGCCUCUAAUUUGCACAAACUGCAGAGAAAACCCCGUCUUGUUAUACCUAACAAAUACUCAUGGUGUCAGUAUGUACCAGUAAACAAGAAGUCGCUCUCCACCCUUUUUGUCAACGCAUAUAGAUCCUGGUGGCUUUGUGCCGCAGUUAAAAAGAGCUGCUGCGUGUUUGUCUGCUUUUUUACGUUUUCUGGAACAAUUCACUGAUGCAUCACUGAUAAUUCCAACCUGGAUAUAUGCUCUUUUUCUUAACAACAAUGGACAACGGUAUAUUUUCGCUGCACCGUGUCCUUCCUUUGAUUUUUCUGGCGUUCCUCUCUGUCUAUGGAGACGUGAGCUAUUCUGUUCCGGAAGAGAUGAAACGUGGAUCUGUGAUCGGAAAUGUUGCAAAAGAUCUGGGACUUGAUUUGGGCAAACUGUCAGCUCGAAAAGCUCGUAUUGAUACUGAGGAUAACGGUGUUAAAUAUUGCAGUGUGAACCUCAAUACUGGAGACCUGAUUGUACAAGAACGGAUUGACAGAGAAGGGCUUUGUGCGAAAAGGGCAUCGUGUGUUCUGAAACAGGAACUUGUGCUUGAAAUUCCGUUAGAGUUGCACCGUAUUAAUAUCCAUGUUCAGGAUAUAAAUGACAAUACUCCGCUGUUUAAAGAAGAUUUGCUUAAGAUCGAAAUUCGAGAAUCUGCAGUCAAGGGUGCGCGUUUCUUGCUGGAUGAGGCUCACGAUGGAGACAUCGGGGAAAAUGCUGUACAGGGCUACUCACUACAGCAGAAUAAUCACUUCAGUCUAAAUGUCAGGUCAAAGGGCAAUGGGAGAAAAUAUGGUGAAUUGGUCUUAGAAAAAGAAUUAGACAGAGAGGAUAACAAUGAGAUUAUGUUGUUGCUUACUGCAUUUGAUGGUGGAUCUCCUCAGAGGUCAGGCACCGUAGCUAUACACGUCACUGUGCUGGAUGCUAAUGAUAAUGCACCGGUGUUUAGUGAGGCAGUCUAUAAAGCCACUCUCCCUGAAAACUCCCCUCUGGACACACAGGUGAUCACAGUAAGUGCAACUGAUUCAGACGAGGGUGUGAACGGUGAAGUUACGUAUGGAUUUGAUCGUGUUUCAGAUGAAAACCAAGUUUUCUUGUUAAACCCUAAAACAGGUGAUGUUACAGUUGCUGGAGCUAUUGACUAUGAAAGAGAGUCUUUGUAUGAAAUGCAGGUCAGCGCCAAAGAUGGUCUGGGGUUGGCAUCAUAUGCAACCCUAAUAAUUCAAAUCACUGACGUGAAUGACAAUGUUCCAGUUAUUUACUUGAAAUCACUGACUAACCCAAUACCUGAGAACGUGACACCUGGUACAGAGGUGGGCAUCAUUAACGUGCAGGACAGAGACUCAGAGAAUAACAAACAGGUCCACUGCUCCAUUCAGCAAAAUGUCCCUUUUAAGUUAGUUCCUUCUAUUAAAAACUAUUAUUCUCUGGUGACCACAGGACAACUGGAUCGUGAACUAGUGUCUGAUUACAACAUUACAAUCAGUGCCACUGACGAGGGCUCUCCACCUCUGUCCUCCUCUAAAACUGUUCAGUUAUCUGUAGCUGACAUCAACGACAACCCACCUGUGUUUGAGGAACAGUCCUACAGCGCAUAUGUGACUGAAAAUAACAAACCUGGCUCCACUUUAUGUUCCGUUACUGCUCGAGACCCCGACUGGAGACAAAACGGUACAGUGAUUUUUUCUCUGUUACCUGGUGAGGUGAACGGUGCCCCGGUGUCCUCCUAUGUGUCAGUGAAUGGAGACACGGGGGUGAUCCACGCUGUGAGGUCGUUUGAUUAUGAACAGUUGAGGAACUUUAAAGUCCAGGUGAUGGCCAGAGACAACGGUUCUCCUCCGCUCAGCAGUAACGUGACCGUCAGUGUCAUCAUAUCUGAUGUGAACGACAACUCUCCUCAGAUACUGUAUCCCGCCCUCGAGGGCAACUCCUUCAUGACUGAGCUGGUCCCCAAAGCUGCACACGGAGGCUCUCUGGUGUCCAAAGUGAUAGCAGUGGACGCGGACUCCGGACAGAACGCCUGGCUGUCCUAUCAUAUAGUUACAUCCAGUGACUCAGGACUUUUCACUAUUGGUGUCCACAGUGGAGAGAUCAGGACACAGCGGGACAUUUCUGAAUCUGACAGCAUGAAACAGAACCUUGUUGUGGCGGUGAAAGAUAACGGACAGCCCUCUCUCUCUGCCACCUGCUCCAUGUAUUUAAUUAUUUCUGAUAACUUGGCUGAGGUGACAGAACUGAAGGACAUUUCUUACGAUGAGAAGAAUUCCAAACUGACUUCUUAUCUGAUCAUCGCCCUGGUGUCUGUGUCUACUUUUUUCCUGACCUUCAUCAUCAUCAUCCUGGGUGUGAGGUUUUGUCGCAGGGGAAAGCCCAGACUGUUGUUUGACGGAGCAGUCGCCAUCCCCAGCGCGUAUCUCCCUCCUAAUUACGCAGAUGUUGACGGCACAGGAACUUUACGCAGCACUUACAAUUAUGACGCCUACCUGACAACAGGUUCUAGAACCAGUGACUUUAAGUUUGUGACAUCUUACAAUGACAACACACUGCCUGCUGACCAGACUCUGAGGAAAAGUCCCAGUGACUUUGCUGAUGUGUUUGGAGACUGUGAUUCUUCUCCUGAGGUAGGAAUAGAUGUUUAUUAG